AUGACUGCAACAGGAUCAGAGUAUCUAGAAGUAAGCACCAAGGGUAUGCAAGCUUAUAGAGCACCCUCGCUUCUUCAGCCUCACAAGGCUCGUCAGGCGCUCCUAGAUGCGUAUGAGGGCCGAAUCGGCCCCCUGAUUGGUUUCUAUUUAGCCAUGCCUACAAUUCCCACCGCUAGAAUCGCAGCACAGCUGGGUCUUGAUUUUGUCUGGGUGGAUUGGGAACAUUCUCCAUGCGGUAUUGAAACUAUGACAAAUGUGACCGACUGUUCUCCCUACCUCCCAAAACGAGUCGAUGGCUUACGUUAUUCCAGGUUGUACACGCGAUCCAGGAAUGCAGCGAAGGGAGAUGCAUGGCAUUUAGUCCCAGGUCAUGAACAAUCAAACAUCUCCUUUGCUUUAGAUGCAGGGGCUUCCAUCGUCGUCCCGCAAGUCGACACUGUCGAGCAAGCUGAGCAUAUUAUCUCGGCCGCCAAAUACGGCGCGGUACGAAAUGGACGCCGUUCGGCCCCUCCCGUCCGCUUGAUACCUGGUUUGAGCGCCACGGCCAUUGAUGCGUCGCGGUCCAUCUGGGAAAACGUCAACAACCAAGCCGCAGUCAUCAUCCAAAUUGAAUCCGAGCUUGGAGUCAAGAACCUCGACGCCAUUCUCACCUCGGUAGGGGACCAGGUUGAUGCCGUCUGGGUAGGCACACUUGACUUACGUGUGAGCAUGGGUCUGGAUGAACUGUGGGGCGAGGAGCCAGAGUUUCAGGAAGUAAUGAGGCUGUAUGAAGAGACUUUGAAAAAGCAUCAAAAGCCCAACUCAGGCCAGUGCUUCCAUGAGAACUGGGCUUUGGGGGGCUGA